UACGUACGUGUAAUAUUAUUAUGCCGCUGCCUUAUUGUAUAUGGGAUUCAAGGCAGACUUUUGCCAAUGACUGUUAUGGUUGACAUAAUUGCACACGCUCGGUCACGUUCCAAUUGAUCACAUACUGGACUACUGAUGUCACCUGUGGUCAUGUCUUAGGUACUGCGGAUUACCAAAAGGAUUAUCCUACAGCUGAGGGAAGAUACCCCAAGAUGGGUAGAACCUGAAGAUUUUCUGAUCCCCAUUGCAGUAAAGGAAACAAUAAAUAUACAUGUUAUUCUAUACAUGGUUAAGGAAAUAGAGCUAAAUAGUUCGGUGAUAAUUAUAAUCAGCCAGUGAAGAUCCUGAACCAGAUCUUUACAGAUGACAUGAUGACCAGAGAGGUAAGGUCAUGUCAAUUUAAAGCCUUCACUCGUCUCAAAGAUUGAACAAGGAAAAGAGCCAUUUGUGAUGGAUCAGACAUUUAAGCACGAGAUAUUUCCUGUAGCUAUCACUAAUGGAUGUGCCAAUCUGAGGACUUCAGUUUUCUCAAAUUCUAAACAAGAAGAUGAGCCAUUUGUGAUGGACCACCAACAGUUUAAACGUGAGGAAUGUCCUGUAAAUAUCAGUAAUGGUGAAUCUAUGAGCAGAAAUGAUAUAGGCCAACUGGGAAUUCCAGAUAUCAUUUUAGUGAAGACAGAUAUUUACCCUGAUGGUGGUGAUAUUGGUCCAUCUUCUGAUUCACAGUGUCCUAUGCCUCAGAGAGAUCAAAUGGGAGAAAAACUAUUUGCCUGUUCUGAAUGUGGAAAAUGUUUUAAUAUGAAGACUUGUCUAGUCAAUCAUCAGAAAAUCCAUGCUGGAGAAAAACCAUAUUUAUGUAUUGAAUGUGGAAAAUGUUUUAGUGAGCAAACAGACCUUGCAAAACAUAAAAAAAUUCACACUGAAAACAGGCCAUUUGCGUGUUCCGAAUGUGGAAAAUGUUUUAGUUGUAAGCCAAAUCUCUCUAAACAUCAGAGGAUUCACAAGGAAGAAGAAAAAUUUGUUUGUUCUGAAUGUGGUAAAAGUUUUGGUAAAUCGUAUUUCAGUAAACAUCAGAGAAUGCACACAGGCGAGAAACUAUAUGAAUGUUCUGAAUGUGGGAAGUAUUUUAGAUACAAAGAAAAUCUUUCUAGCCAUCAAAAAAUUCAUACGGGAGAAAAGCCAUUUGCAUGUUCGGAGUGUGGAAAGUAUUUUAGACGCAAACCAAAUCUUAUUACGCAUCAGAGAAUUCACAAAGGCGAGAAACCAUUUGUAUGCCUGGAGUGUGGCAAAAGUUUUAAUGAUCAGUCAUAUUUUAGUAAACAUCAAAGAAUUCAUACUGGAGAAAAACGAUAUCCAUGUUUAGAAUGUGGGAAAUAUUUUAGCCAGAAAUCUGCUCUUGUAACACAUCAGAAAAAUCACAUUGGUGAAAAACCUUUUGUCUGUUCUCAAUGUGGGAAAUGUUUUGUCCGUAAGAUAUAUCUUGAUAAUCAUGAGAAAACGCAUACGGAUGAGAAACCAUUUUCUUGUUCCGAGUGUGGAAAAUGUUUUAGGCAUAAGUCAGAUCUUAUUAAACAUCUGAAAAUUCACACUGGUGAGAAACCUUUUGAAUGUACUCAUUGUGGAAAAUGUUUUAGAUGGAAAUCCCGUUUCAUUACCCAUCAGAAAAUUCAUGCAGGAGAAAACUCAUCUGUUCAUAAACCGUUUGUGUGUCAGGUGUGUUGGAGAGGCUUUUCUCAAAAAGCUAAUUUGGUUAGACAUUACAGAACUCAUACAGGAGAGAAGCCAUAUGUGUGCCAGACUUGUGGGAAAGACUUCUCUACAAGUACAAGUCUAAUUGCACAUCAUCGUACUCAUACAGGGGAAAAGCCGUAUGUUUGUCAGAGUUGUGGGAAAGGCUUUGUUCAAAUGUCUGAUCUUGAUAAACAUCAUAGAACCCAUACAGGUGAGAAACCAUAUGUUUGCCAGGAAUGUGGGAAAGGUUUUGCACAAAAGACAGAUCUUGAGAAACACUACAGAACCCAUACUGGAGAAAAGCCUUAUGUUUGCCAGAAUUGUGGGAAGAGCUUUUCACAGAGCUCAAACCUGGCUAAACAUCAAAGAACUCACACAGGAGAGAAGCCUUAUAGUUGUGAGGAAUGUGGUAAAUGCUUCCAUCAAAGGUCACAUCUGAUUGCACAUCAUAGAACCCAUACAGGAGAUAAGCCGUAUACUUGCCCAACAUGUGGGAAACAAUUUAUGGGCAAGUCAGGUUUGGAUUUACACAGUAAACUUCAUACAGCUAUAAAUCCAUAG